AAUAGUCGCAGUUUGAGUUUCUGGGUCGCGCAACUCGAGACCCGAGGGACUAUUCACUUCCAGACUUCCAGUCGGAGUGUAUUCUACCUGGCUCGUCGAAUUUCGUCGUUUCUUCCGUCGAAUUUUAAUUUUCUCACUCUUUUAUUUUGAUUUUUGCUCGUGCUGACCUACGCGGGAGGGCGGCUGGCGUAAAGAGGAGAUGCGUUCCCCAGACGGGCCGACACCUCUCAAUUCCUCUCAUCGAACUCUACCCAGAGACCGUUGAUCCCACACUCGAGCCCUCGACGGGAAAUGAAAAUUCGAGAUGAUGAUGGGUGACCAGUUUCGCAAAGUGGAGCAGUACUCGCCCAAGUCGUCUCCCAGGGGUGCGAGGUCCCCUGUCGUCUCCAGGCAGGACUCGACCGGGACACUGAAAACGACCAUCUCACUCGGCAAACACCCUUCCAUCGUACACAGCGGUCCUUUCUAUUUGAUGAAAGAGCCACCCGCUGAAAGUGACUUGACAGGAGCUGUGAAUUUGAUGGCCGCCUAUGGCCUUGAGCACACUUAUAGUAAAUUCAGUGGUAAAAAAGUUAAAGAGCAGUUGUCAUCUUUUUUACCCAACCUCCCUGGAAUUAUCGACACUCCGGGUCAUCAGGAUAACAGCUCGUUACGAUCUGUAAUAGAGAAACCACCGAUCAUAGGGAAAGAACUUCGACCUCUCACAUCCGUGCAGCUUGCUGGAUUUAGAUUACACCCCGGGCCUCUUCCUGAGCAGUACCGCUAUGUAAACCAAGCCCCGACUAAAAAGCACAAGAGCAAACAUAAAAAGCAUAAACACAAAGCAGACGGUGCCGGCGGAGGCGGAGAACUGAGUGCUAGUGAAGGCGGUGUGGACACACAUGAGAAAAAACACAAGAAACAGAAGAGGCAUGAUGAAGAGAAGGAGAGGAAAAAACGGAAAAAAGAGAAGAAAAGAAAGAAACAGAAACACAGUCCUGAACAAACCAGCGGUGGCCUAACCCCUAAUCAACAUUCAAUUGGUUGAUUAAGUUAUAUAAUUAAAUUUUACUUGUAAAUAGCUUAUUUAAUUUAGAAAACAUUCAUUGUAUGUUUCCAUAAAAACAAUUUGGGGUUAUAUAUGAGUAUCUUGAUUUCUUUUUCUUUUAUUUUUUUCCUUUGAUGAGUUUUUAAAACAUAUAUUCUAAACUAAUGUGGCUUUUGUGGGACCAUUGUAGACUCUUGUUAUUUUUAUUUUGCACUCGUCCAAAAAUUGUACAUUCUGGUUGUGCAGGAGCAUCUCCAAAAGCCAAACAGUAUUCAAACCCAUUUUCUUUAUUUCAAGUCACAUUUUUUUUUUUUUUUAAAGGCACAAUCUUAUAAAUUAGUUAGGAAAUUCCAAUUAAGAUAUUAAGGAAAGGCAAUGAAGAUAAGGACGGAUAUAAUCUAUACAUUAACCCUAUUUAUUUUUGUACCAAACAUAUGUAAAUUUUAUUAGUACAAAUUUGGUGGCCCACCUUGUAAAAUUGAAAAAAUCAUUUAAGUGCAAUUUAAAAAACAAAUUUUGUUCCUGUUUUGACUUUGUAUUUUGAUUUUUUUCCCCUUGGAUUAUUAACUGGCAAAAUUAAAUUGUGAUUUUAACAGGGAAUAUAUAAUCUUAAACAGUCUUUUUUGCUGUUUUAUGAAUUAUAGGAAGGUAAAUUGUGCCUUUGGCUCUUUAUUGUAACAAUCGGUUUCAGUUAAAUUUGUAAAUUCAAGGUGGUGACAAUGCUUUUUUUAAGCGAAGCACCUAAUUUGUUUUCCAUUGUAAAUAAAAAUAGACUAUUAUUAAAUAAAUUAAGUCAACUUGUGAUUUCUUUAUUUAUUAUAUUGAAUAUAAGUUCUCUGACAUUUUAAAAGGCUGCAAUCUGCCAUCAGAGAAAAUAUGUUUGAUCAUAGUACAAAUGUUAUAUUAUUAUUAUUGAAAAUUCUGUUAUACAAACAACCUCUUUUGUGAAUGAAAAUACAAAGUUGUAUAUAAAACCAA